AUGCUAACAAGAUCUAGGAUUCAACGAGGCGAAGGCAAGCUUGAAGAAUAUAAUCCUGAGAUUGGAAAACGAAGAACUAAUCCACCAUCACAGAUGGAAGGAAAAGGUGGUGAAGAAGGUUCCGAAGAUAAGAGUAUUCAGAAGACUCUUCAGAAUUUGGAAACCAUUGUACAAGUUUUAGUACAGGAGAGAGAGGACAAGAUGCGAAGACGUGCAGCUCGUGAGAACAAAGGGAAAAGACCAGGAGGUGACCAUGAGCUUCCAAAAACACCCCCAUCUCCUUCUUCUCCUUCUUCCCCAUCUUCUCCCUCUUCUACUCAUUCUGAGUCUUCUUCUCUUUUCAAGAGUUCACAUAAGCCUAGAAUUAAAUUGGAUGUAAAAUUUGAUCUACCAAAGUAUUGUGGGGAAUUAAAUGCUGAAAAAUUAGAUGAUUGGAUUCAACAGGUUGAAGUCUAUUGUAGAGUCCAAAACCUCUUAGAUGAUGCCGAUAGGAUCCAGUUAGCUACUCUUCGGUUAGGAGGUACAGCUCUAACCUGGUGGGAGAGUAGAAUUCGGGAUGGGUCUUCACAACAUGGUAAAAUCAAUUUAACUUGGUCAGACUUUGUUAAUGCUCUCAAGAAGCAAUUCUAUCCCCUAGGCCAUAUGCAACAGUUAAUGAUGAACUGGCAACUUUUUAGGCAAGGGAAAGGUCAGUCUGUCCAGGAUUACACCCAUGAAUUUAGAAAGAAGGCUAUUGCAUUAAAUGUUCCAUUGUAUACCCAGGACACGUUGCUUAAGUACAUAGGUGGUCUUCACUCUUAUCUGAGACAUUCAAUUUUGGUCUUGAAUCCUAGUAACUUUGAUGAAGUCUGUGUCCAAGCCACACACCUAGAGUCAAGAGGUAAGGGUUCUUUUAUUGAUAAGUCUGAUAAGAAGCCAUCUAAGUCUGCGAACAAAUCCCAAAAUAAAGGGAAGGGGAAAAGGACAGCUACAGUGAAGAAAGAGGGUGAAAAACCCACAUGCUCACAUUGCAAGAAAGAAGGGCAUGAUGAUUCUAGGUGCUGGAAGCUGCACCCUGAAAAGAGGCCAAAGAGAUAUGGUGGAAACAAAGACAAACAAAAGACUGCUGCUAUAGUUCAACAGGAUCUUGGAUCUGACUCUGGAGAUGAGACAAAGAUCGUUGCUGCUGGAAUCCAAGGUAAAGAAAAAGGUAGAUCUCUCUCAUUAGCGACAAAUUCUUCUAAUAUAAGUGCAAGUACAAGUAAAGAUUCUACUCCUAAGAAUGAUAAGCAAAGGAAUGAAUUAUUUCAUAUUCGGGUUGUUAUCAAACAUACUAAAGUUGAUACAUUAUUUGAUACGGGUUCUCAAGUUAACUUGAUAUCUGAAGAAAUUGUUAAAAAGCUUAACUUGACUACAACACCUCAUCCGAAACCAUACCCUCUGGGAUGGGUUUGCAAUGAUGCACAAUUGCAAGUAACUAAACAAUGUAAGAUAAGAUUUGCUAUCACUGCAAACUUUGUAGAUGAAGUAGAAGCUGAUGUAGUCCCUUUAGAUAUUUGUGGUCUUGUACUUGGGAGUCCUUAUCUAUAUGACCGACAGGCUAUAUUCUAUAGGGGGGAGAACAAGUAUCAUCUUUUUAAAGAUAAGAUUGAAUACAUUGUACGGGCACAUAAGAUAAAGACUAAUCUUGCACUAGUUAAUGUUGGUUAG